AUGUCUGAAGCUAUUAAGGUAUAAUUUGCAAAUGCUGCACUUGACUUUUCGAAUAAAGUUAAAUCAAUCGUUAUUAUUACUGUCGACGAUGAAUCCAAUGAAAAUUCUUGUUUUCCAAAAACAUUUGCAUUAUGUAUUGAUAUUUUCAAAACUCAUGAUCUUGAUGCACUGUUUGUACUUGUUCAUGCACCUGGUCAAUCAGCAUCUAAUGCUGUUGAGCUUCGUAUGGCAUCACUUUCACAUGAUUUAAUGAAUUUAAUUUUACAUCAUGAUCACUUUGAAAGCUGGCGAAGGAGAUCAAAAUUUCUUAAAAUCUUUCCUCAACAUUUUCUACCACCACCUGUUCUAUUUGCACAAAUUUCAUCUGGUCUUGUUAUUACAGCACAUGAUUUCGUAUCGGAAAAAUAUUAUGGCUCAAUAUUUCAGUGUUUACAAUUAAAUAGAUUUGUCUGUGAAGAAAUUGAAUCUGACAGUAUUCCAUUUGAUCUUUUUUUGUACAACAGUUCAACAAUCACUUUCAAAACGGACAUGUGA